AGAGUCGAUCAUGUUUCAUGCAGGGUGACAUCAGCGUCAGCCGCGGGGUCGACGUCGAAUCACCCCCAAGGCAGCGCUCGGGUGAAAGUCAACAGUGCAAUUGCUUCAAAUCACCCAGAUUAUUUCCCGCUACGUUUUAGAAUUCAGUGGCACUUUGAAUGGAAUAGGAUUGUUCGAUAGUUUGAACCCGAAGGCCAAGUACUCGCUUUGAUUUUCUCUCUCUAGUCCACCUGAAAGGCUGCAAUACUGCAAAUUGUCGCGAACGUCAUAUCUUUCCAAGCUAUGUCUCGGCGGACAUCACGACGCGAAUAUCGCGAAGACGAGUUCUACGAGUCUGAACAAGACCGGUACCCAAGCGGGCCUAGGCGCGAGCGUGUUUUCAAAGAGAAGAGAGAGACGGAAACAGAUCGUCAACGACGAACUUCAGGCCCGCCCGUUCGGGAGCUUGAGCGUCUGCAUGUACGCGAGCACUCAGCUCCAGAUUUCAUGCGAGAGAGCUUUGGGCCGAGACGCGAAAGUGAGCAGUUGGUGUUGCGACGGGACGAGGACAACGAAGAGGAAGAAUUCGAAGAAGAAAAGGAGGAAGAUUACCACCGUCGACCGUCAAGAAGAUGGGAACGAGAAGCGGGUCGGCGGGCUUCGCUGCAGGAAAACAGGGCUCCAAUCCGAGAAGUAGAGCGCGAAGAGUUCGUUGUGAAAGAAGACAACAAAGGUAGAAGAAGAAAGUCAGUCGAGUGGGACAUGGAGCGAGAGGAGGUCUUUUCUGAACGUGAACGACGACCUCGGGACGAGGAGGAAGUAUCUCGUCGGGAGAGGAAAGACGAUCGAAGAUCCAAACGUCGACCACCCUCACCGCCGGAAUACGAAGGAGAUGACAAGUUCCACCGGUACUAUUCUGAUCGGGAGAGCUAUGCGAGAGGGAGCGAUGGGCACCGAAAGCCUACAGGCUUUCAGUCUCGCUCUCGGCAUCGUCGAAGUGACGAAGAGUUUCUUCUCCGAAGAAAGCGGCGAGAAAUCAUUCGCGGACCGCACGAGAUGGAAGAGGAGGAAGAGGAAGAGGAAGAGUUCAUUGAAGAAGAUCAAUCUCCUUCGCCUGAGCUCCCGCCUCUAAGAGAACCGCCAGUUGUUCGUGCUCCAUCCAUCCAUCAAGAGAUAGUCACACAUCACCGGCAUAUAGAUCAUGGAUACGAAAUUGAUCACCCCCCUCUUCGAGAUCCCAGUCUAGGCCCUCGGUCUCGGAAGAACAGCUUUGAGGAAUUGGAGAUCCGCGAAACUCGGAGUGGGAGAAGAGGGAGGUCGUCACGGGAAGAUGUCGUUGUCGUGCGUCCGCGAGAGGAGGAAUCCAAAUCGCCCUCACCUGUGCGUCGUCGAUCUCAGGAAUCACUGGACGAGACAAAGAGAAAGGAGAUUAUGAUCUCGGAAAUCAGGCCACGAUCCCUCGACCGUGACGUAUGGCAAGCUCAUGGCAGCCUUCGCAGAAGGGAAGAAACCUCGCUCCGGCGAGGAGAAGUAUACGAAAAGGAAAUCAAAGAAUUGGAGAUCGUCGACGUGCCCCCCGGAAUCCGACGUUCUCAGUUCGACGAAAAGAGGGAGGAGUCCACCGACGACGAGAUCGAGGCAGACCGUGGACGCAUUGCACGCCGGUACACCGGUAUCAAGGAUAAACGAGACCGGCUGUGGACCGAGAUCACAAAGGACCUCGUCGUCAAGGAGGCGAUCGAGCGCUCCGGGUAUGAGUUCGAAGAGACAGAACUCUUCUACUAUGUCUUUUCCUACCUACGAUACGAGGACAUUGCCGCGCUGGUCGAACUAUCCGACAAAAUCCGCCGAGCACGUCGCAGGAGAAUCCACGAGAUCCACCGUGAACGUCUGUCUAUGCCUCCUGCUCCUAUUCUUGCUCUCGCUCCUCCGCCACCGCCUCCGCCUCCACUUCUAGAAAUGGCCAGACCACCUCCCCUUCCUGCGAUCUCGGACCGGAAGCGUCUGCCUGCCCCGCGCCGCUCAUGGGACGAGAUCAGGUACAAGGAAGAGGAGCUCGUCGUUGAUGAUGGUCGGCGGUCUUCUCGUCGGGCACGUUCGAGACGGUAAGCGUAGGUACGGGGCACCCUAGUACGGGAGUUGUUAUGCCACUGUACAGGGGAUAGUUAACUAGCUGGUGGAACAUAUCACGUCUGACAGCGAUGAGCGACGUACGGAGUACAGAAUACUAGGUAGUGAACUAGUUAUAGAGCAUUGAGCACGGAGACGAGAGAUACCUUCGUACUCCGUCCUAUAAUAACUUCGGGUUACUGAUAAAUAGUUAUCUAGUAUCUACUCUGUAACUA